AUGAUGAAGAUGAGUAUAAUGGUGAUAAUGAUAAUAGUGAUGACAAUGUAGAUAAAUUAGAAAGUGAAUAUAAAGAUGACGAUAAUGCUAUCGCAAGUGGCAGUAGUACACCAAAUAAAAGAACUAAAGAAGAUACCGUAAAGAAAAUAAAAAUCAUUGAUUUAG